ACUUUGUUUCUAAUAUUUUUCUUUUAUAAUUUACAAUUAUUUAAAGAGAAGAAUUAAUUAAUAUAAAAAAAUUACAAAGAAAAGAAAAAAAUUAAUGUAUACUGUCUAACUAAAUCUAAUAAAAGUGUUAAAUUUUUCCUUCAUCUUAUUAAAUUUUAGUUUAAAUUAAAUGUAUUUGCUUACUGUUUUAAUAAUUUUUGCUUUUUCCAAGGCAGAAAAUACCACUGCUACUGGACACAACUUACACUGUGUCUACUCUCAAUAUCUAUUAAGAUUUUUUCAAAACAAUAAAAUCUCAUUGAAUGAAUUAGAAAAAAAUGUUGAAAAUGUUACUAAAGAAGACUUGCGCAUUUUCGACAAAGCAAUCAGAACUCAUGAUAUUGUUGUUUUAGCUUUUCUGGAAAAUUUGGCGUCUUUAAAUUAUGAUGUUAUCCCUUAUGAUUUGUUUUUGGUAAAUAUGUAUAUAAAUAAUGGUUCUAAAACAACACUUUUGAACGCUUUUUGUAACGAUACUGACAAAAAAACAAAUUGGAUAUAUUUUUUAAUUCAAGGUUUUCAGAUUAUGCAUCGCUCAAUUAUUGAACAUAUUAAGCAUCAUGUUGAUGAAAAUUGUAUGCACAUAAAUUAUUCAAUACAAACACAAAUACUAAAUAUACCUAUCGAAUUAAUUACCUAUACCCCGACAGAUCUACUAGAAAAAAAUCUGCAAAUGAAAGUGUCUAUCAUGAACACACUUAAAUUAACUAGUAAUAUUGAAAUACUCGUGAGUUUUGAUCCAGAGAAAUACUUUUAUUCUAAUAUGUAUGGACAAAAGAGUAAAAAUAAUAAUAACUAUAUAUCAACUCUUCAUCAAAGAAUAGAGAAUUUAAACAUCUUCCGGUUGGCUUUAAUUAAUGAAAAGUGUUAUGAUGGAAGAUACGUAAAUCUUAUUGAAGUAUUCAAUUAUAUAAAGUAUAAUAUAAACAUUCAAGAUUUAAAAUUAUUUCAAAAAAUGACAUUUGCUGCAUUAUUUCGCCCUGUAGCAAUUAUUAUUCGUAACUUCAUUAAAACUGCCACUGUAUAUUAUUCUGUAGACUCUCUCCAAAAUUCAUUUACGCCAUUCAAAGAUAUAAUCAUUGAGAUGGGCAAUAGUAUGAUGCAUUGCCUUAAUAAAUUCAUCGAAUAUACUUGCAAUAAAAAAAUUUAUGACAAAUCUAAUAAAAAUCGUGGCGUAAGACAUUUUUUUGAAGUGAUUUACGAAUUAAUAUACAAAUUUUUUGAAAAUUUUCAAACAUCAAAAAUAAAAACAAUCACCGAUAACGUAUCUGAUAAGCUUUUGGAAAUCAUUGAAAAACUAAUGACUUGUAACAAAUUGAAAUUUUCAUUAAAAUUGAAAUUUGACGAAAGUUUGGUUACAAAGCAAAGUUUUAAAACAAUUAUUGAAGAGGCCACUGUAAUUCAAAAUAACGUAAAUUUGUACAUCGAUGAAUUAAAAAGUUGGAGAUUUUAUUUGAGUGAUAUUCUAUACAACCAUAGUUUGAUAAAUAGUUUAUUUGUUUUGAAUAAUAAUCUUAUAAAUGAAACCUUUCUAAAGAAUAUAUGCAAAAGUAAAUUUCAUUCUGAUGUACAAAAAUUAAUGAACCACGAAGAAAUCAAAGAAAAUUUUUUUAUAGAACUUGAUGAUAAUAACAAUAAUUUUAAAACGAUUUAUAUAAACCAAGAAUUUAAAAACAAUAUAUUCGUUAAAAAAGAGUUGCAAGAUGAUGAAUUUUGGUCAAAUGAGCUACUUUACGCCCCUAAAUACAAAAAAGAUUAUUAUCUUAAAUAUGUAAAAAACAAUAUCAUAUAAAAUUAUAUAAAAUUUAACUAAACUUUUUAUUAAAAAAAAAAGAAAUGUAUUAUUUAGUCAUAUAAUUUGAAUGAAUCUAUUUUAUUAAACAUAUUAUAUCAUCAUCACCACCAUAAUCUCUUUCCCAGUUUUUGGUUCUGCCUUAACGAUUUGAUGGAAUUGUACACCGGCUGUCGACCAAAUGCAACUGAUUUAUGGAUGAGGAAAACAGUAUGGGCCAAUGUGUGUGUCACUGUUAAUGUUUUCGUUUAUUGGUUACCCAUCUGGUACCCAAUAACAAAGAUAUCAGCUGAACAUCAGCGCUAAAACAGCGACUGAAUGAUUCAGAGCGCCACAUCUGGCCCCAUUGAAUAUAUUAUAUAUUAAUAAGAAAUUAAAAAAAAAAAUCUUAAAACCUUGUUCUUAAAAAUGAUGAUGCGAAAAUGUGUUUAAUAUUAUAAAUUUACACAUUUAGUUUCCAAUAUUUUAAUAAUUUAAUAAAGUUAUUUUGUUGUAUUUCACUUGGUUAUCUAUCG